UCCUCCUCCAUCCACUUAAGUCUACUUCACUUCCACUCUUCCGGUCAAAUAUAUGUUUGUUGUUUGUUUGUUAGUUAAUGUAGAUGUACAGACUGAUAGAAUAUAGAAGAAUAGCCUCUACCUAACGAAAUAAGUUGUCUGACGACGAGUUCUGUUGGGCUUUGCCUGAGAUUUAUUCGUGUUAACUUUUGACUAGGCCUAGUGAGAAGAUUAGCCAAAGGGUGCAAUGUGCAUGAAGACUGCCGCCUGGUUAUUGGUAGGCCUAUGUUAACUUUUUCGCCGGUGUGUGCUGGUGGUCGAUCCUAGACCUAUAUUCUACCCAAGAGGAAUUAAAUCCUUAAAGUAUAUUUGGAUGGGUGAUCUGAGGGUUCAAUGAAUUCACCCCUACUUCCAUACUGAGGUUUUGUCAAGAACCAACAAUGAAACAUCACUGUGUACUGCUUGUGAUUCUGGCAAUUGCUGUAACCUCAAAAGGAGCAAUUUACCAAGAUCGUCUAGAUAUUGAAAACCUGAAGAAUUGGUUUCAAGAUGAAGAUUGCAUCGAAGGAUCACUUUCUGUCAGUGAAGAUGGAUCUCCAGUUAUCGGGUAUGUUACAUCUGUACCACCAUUAGUUUCUACAAAUAAAACAAAGAGCAACAACGAUCCUUUCAAUUCUAAAUCACCUAUGAGCCUUCUAUAUGAGCUUGCAGAGUACAAUAAAGUAAAUGUUCAAUUCACUUUAACUGAUGAAAAAGGACCAGCGCAUAAGAAACAGUUUGUUGUUUCGCUGAAAGUAGGAGAAGAGGAGUUUACUGGAGAAGGACCUAGUAUCAAAAUGGCCCAACGCGAAGCCUCCAAACUUGCGCUAAAUUCUACUUUGUAUGCACAUCCUCCUCAAAGAGAAAAAUCAGACCAUCUUCCCACUAGUGUUAUGUCUAAAUCGCCAGUGGAAAAGUUGGAUGUUUGGGCUAAAAAGCACAAUGAUGUUUUAGUUAAGUACUCUUAUAUUCAGCAAUCCCAGAUAGCAGACAGAAAGCAUACAAAUUAUUAUCAUGUCGGAAUGUACUCUGAAGCUGAAAACAUUUUUAAAGCAAAAGUCAUAGUUGGAAAACAUGUUUUCAAUGGCGAAGGUUUUUCUUUAGAACUUGCCAAGCAAAACGCAGCAAGUAACGCUCUAGAAUCCCUACAGACUACAGACGGUUUCUGUAUGUUGAGUGACAAAGAGAAGAAUUUUUUUAACAAAGUGUUUAAUUUUAACUCCGACAAUGACUCUCCAGUUUCCUUGGUUCAUGAGUUUGGGACAAUCAGUAACAUGCCUGUGUCGUUUGAGCUUGACAGUGAAGAAGGUCCAGCUCACAUUAAGAGGUUUGUUUACCGCUGUAAUGUGGGAGAGUUUGAAUCGUUUGGUGAAGGUUCUUCGAAGAAAAGUGCAAAGAAAGACGCAGCUGAAAAUAUGAUAAAAGAGCUCAAAAACAGUGCAUCUAAAAAUAGAAUUGACUGUGAGGAAAUUCAAAAACGAAGCAAACCAAAGAAAAAGCGAUCAAAAAAUCUUAUCAAGGCAGUUUCUAAGUCAUAUUCAGAAGAUUAUGAAGAAGAGUCUAAUGAUGUCAACCUUAUUCCAGAUGAACUUGAUCCUAUUUCAAAACUCUAUCAAAUUCAACAAGCAAAACAUGAAGCUCUGCCUGUAUUCAAUCUAUUGGAAAAAUCCGACAAUGAAUUUAGAGUGAAAGUUACAGUCAAUGAUUUGACAGCCACUGGCACAGGCUCAAAUAAAAAAUCUGCCAAAAGAAAUGCUGCGCAAGCUUUGUUGACAAAGAUGGGUUACUCCGCUUCUCAUGAACGUGACCAAGCAUCGGCACAUAAUAAAAAGAAAGAAUUUAGCCAAGUCCGAGGAUUGCCAAAGAAAAGUAUUGUAGCAGGAAUAAAUUUAAACUCACACAACUAUCAUCAAGUAAAAGAUUUUAAAGAACCUACCGUUGCUGCACCCAGUAGUAAAAUAGAUCAAACUCAUGAUCUGAAGGCUAAAAUUUCUAAGGAUGAUAAAGUCCAUUCUAAAAGCCAGUCAAAUGACAGAAUUUCAGCACCAUCCAAAAAGUCAAACCUCAAACCUAAAUCACAACUUCGUGAUAUUUCUCAGCAGAUGGGUUUUAAAUUUCAAUUUUCAGACUUCUCCAAAUCAGAUAACAGUGGGUUUGUCAGUCUCCUUUCAUUGACGACUAAGCCACUAAAGUUGUGCUAUGGAGUAGGAGCAACCUCCGACCUCGCCCAAGACAAGGCUGCAGUUUCUGCUCUCGAGUCAUUGUACAAAACCCAGCUUCGCAAUCUCGCUCAAGUACUUCAACACAACACAGAAUCUCAUAAAGCAGAAAUGGACUUUAUUGAAGAAGAUCACAUUUCAAGAUCUGGCAUUGAUUUGGAAACUAACUGAGAAACGAGCAAGUUGUUUCACAACACCUAAAAUCUUUUACCUAUUAGUGAUAUGUCCAAAGACUGAAAGUGUCCUUAUUAGAUUAGAUUAAAUACAUUAGACACUUUGAAAACAUGUGAUUUUAGUUACUUGUUAUUUCUUGAUAAUUAUUCUUGUAACUUAUUUGGCCUAAUCCAGUAAACUAAAUAAUCCAUAUUUAAAAAAAUCUAGAUUUAUAAAACAAACGUGUGUAUACGGGUGUUUUUUUUAAACGCAACUAAGAUGAUUACAGCAACAAGAGACACUUUUUAACAAAACCAGCUCAUAUGAUGGUAUACCUGUUUUCUGUACUUCAUUGCCAAUUAAAAUCAGCUAAUAUGCAUUAAUGCAAAUUUAUCAAUGAAGUUUAGUGUUACUGACAUUUUUUUGGAAAUAAGACUCAAUAUUUUUGCAAGCUCAAAUAUAGCUUGAGAAAACACCAAGUUGAGAAGUUAUUCACAAUAAAUUCUCAAGAACACUAAAAUUUAUAGAUAACUAUGCAACAAUGCAUAUCAGCUGAAUGACAAUGAAAUAAAGAAUACAGGGAUAUCAAAAUAUGAGCUAGUUUUAUUGUUAAAAAUUGUCUUAUGGUAGUUGUAACUAGGGUCGUGUUUAAAAAAACCCCUGUAUUUUAAAGUAAAAAUUGGUAAGACUAAAUUUUCACAUUAUUUAUUAGUAACUCUGCAUAGUACAUAAAUGCUAUGCAUUUGUAUUUUGUGUCCUGAAGUUGGCUAUGUGUUUUCAUGAGGCAGUUAAACUUGGUAUCAGAACUUUGAAUGUUUCAUAGUACAAGAAAGAUUUGGUAGCAACAGAAGUUUAUGUGCUGUUUUUUCAGUGCUCUAAGGUCACAUUUUGCUGGUUUUCCAUUUUCCAUAGAUUUAUGAAGUGUACUGACUGCACAACCUUACCAAGUGUAAUUUAAAGCAACUUCCUUAGGUAAAUAACAUGUGUUAUUUAUGUAUAGACAAUGUAAAUUUCUGAGCUCCUCUAUUUUCGCUGUUGAAACCUGACCAAAUUUGAUAACCUGUAUUUUUGUAUUCCUGCUUAAAAAAGUUUAUUUUGCUUUAAAUAAAGUUACAAUUGUGAUGUUCUUUAUGUAAAUUCAUAGGAAAAAAGAUUGUUAACUGUUACUUUUUUUAAAUAGGUAAACAAAUUGCAUUGAUGCCAUUUUGUUUAAUUAUUAUUAAUUUUAAGAUGAACUUUGUUCUUUUUGAGUUUUUCCAAAAUGCAAUUGUUAUUUUUUUGUUUGAUUAUUAUUAGUUUUAAGUUUUACGAUUAGUUUUGUUCUUAUUGAGUUUGUUCCUAAUGUUCUUCUCACAAGUUAGACUUUUUUGGAUUUAAAAGUUUAAAAGUUCAUCUUGUUUGUUAAGACGUUUAAAAUAAAUAAUGAGUAUUAUCCACUACACUAAGUAUUUGAUUGCAUACAUUUUUGUGUAUGCUUACUUAGUUUCAGAAGCAAAUAUAAUUACAUUUUGCUUUAAAUACAGGUUCGAAACAAUCUUUAAGUCAAUUCAUAGGAGAAAAUGUUUCUGUUACUGUACUGUUUUAAAAUGUAAACAAAUUUCAUUGUUGUAAUUUGUUUGGCUAUUAUUAAUUUUAAGAUAAGUUUUGUUAUUUUGAGUUUGUCUUUUACUAAUGUUUUUCCUCAAGUUUGAUUUGUUUAUUGUCGUAGUAUCAGUGAUGCAUUUAAAAGUUUAAACAAAUUUAAAGUUUGUGUUAGAUAUAAAAGUUCAUUUUGUAUGUUUAAGAUGACUGAAAUGCUUAAUUGUGGGUAUUUUUUCUCUACACUUAGUAGUUUUUGUAAAAACAAAAAACCCUAUGUUACAAAAAACAUGAAUGUUGAAAGUACAAGAAAUGUUCAAAUGUAGGCCUAUUGUUAGUUUUUGUAAGAUAACGUUUGUCAGUUAUUAUAGGUUAUGUUUCUUGUUAAAAUAAAAAAAAAUUCAAAAA